CUUCCUCCCUUCCAAGACACAAGUAUUUAUGACCCUCUUUUACUAUCUUUCCUUUCCCCUCACACCUUCCCUUUCUCUUCUAAAUCCCAUUCACUUCCAUUCUUUUUCUUCAGAUGGAAAAGCUUUCGCUUCUUUCUAAGGACGACCAUCACAUGGAUUUGCCUCCGGGCUUUCGCUUCCACCCCACUGAUGAAGAGCUUAUAACCCAUUACCUCUACAAGAAGGUCAUUGACACCAACUUCUCCGCUCGGGCCAUCGGAGAAGUCGACCUCAACAAGUCUGAGCCUUGGGAAUUGCCAUGGAAAGCCAAAAUGGGAGAGAAGGAGUGGUACUUUUUCUGUGUUAGAGACAGAAAAUACCCUACUGGCUUGAGAACCAACAGGGCCACCGAAGCCGGUUACUGGAAAGCCACCGGGAAAGACAAAGAGAUUUUCAGAGGCAAAUCUUUGGUCGGAAUGAAAAAGACUCUUGUUUUCUACCGAGGUCGAGCGCCCAAAGGAGAGAAAAGCAACUGGGUCAUGCACGAGUACAGACUUGAGGGGAAAUUUUCUGUUCACAACCUCCCCAAAACUGCAAAGAACGAGUGGGUGAUCUGCAGGGUGUUUCAGAAAAGUUCAGCCGGGAAGAAAACUCAUAUUUCUGGGAUAAUGAGGUUGGACUCUUUGGCCAAUGAAUUGGGUUCUUCUGCUCUUCCACCCCUUUCGGAUUCUUCACCUUCUAUUGGCAACACUAAACCACUCAACGAAUCGGCUUACGUGCCCUGCUUCUCCAAUCCAAUUGAUGUUCAAAGAAACCAAGACGGGGUCUUUGAUUCCCUCAAUAACUCUAUUUAUGGGGUUUCUCCAAAUCCUAUGGACUUUCUUCCCAGAAUGCCACCUUCUACCUCGUUCUACUCUGCUCAAGGUGUUCAAGCUGUGCCUAAUUUGACAUUUCCCGGUUCUGUUUACUCUCUGCAGGACCACACCAAUCUGAGAGCCAUGUGUGAAAACAAUGGUAAUGGUUACAAGUCAGAGAGGGACAUGAUCAGUGUCUCACAGGAAACGGGUCUUACUACCGAUAUCAACCCUGAAACCUCUUCAAAUUUUGAUAUGGGUAGGAGGCACUUUGACAAUCACAUUCAUCCUUCUGUUUCUGUUGCUCCGGUGGAUCUUGAUGGUUUGUGGAAUUACUGAAGGACCUUCUACAAUGAAAAGUGAAAUUAGCCCCACUUUUGAUCUAAAAAGGAAUGGGAACAAGAAGAGCGUGGGAUGGGGUUGAUACUGUUGUUUCUCUGUAUAGAUUUUAUCGAAAAACAUGUAUUGAACCAUAUAUGAUAAGUGUAAGAAAUAUUGUGAAAUUA